AUGUCCAGCGGCAAUGUGGAAUUCCUGGGCGACAAUGUGGAAAUCCUGGAUUACGAAGCCGAGAGCGAGGCUCCCACCGCAGAGCAGCUUCCAGCGGCCGGUGCGGGAGACGGGAGCUGCCCCAUGCCCGUCGUGCUCACCGUCGAUAAUUUGCUGGCCAACAUCUCCACGGCAGAUCCGGCGGAACUGGAGCGGGCCUACAACACUGGACGUAUCUCUCUGGAGGAUAUUGUCGUAGCGGCCCGUCUAUCGUCUGAUUUUCCCCUUUUCCUUCCUCCUUUCUCGUUUCCCCCGGAAGAAAAAUUGCUCCUCUUACCCCACGAUAAGUUUAUGGCCUAUCGAGCGUUGAACGAGAUGUGGUGCAACGGCCUUGCCAGAAAGGUCGCACACGCGGAAGCACGGGAGAAGGCGGAGCGCGAGGACGCAGAGCAGGAGGAGGAGCGUGAGGCUGCUCGGGCUGCUGCUGCGAGGAAGCAGGCGGAGGAGCGUGAGGCUGCUCGGGCUGCUGCUGCGAGGAAGCAGGAGGAGGAGCGUGCGGCUGCUCUGGCGGAGCGUGAGGCGUACCUCCAAGCUGCUAGGGCGAAGCAGGGGGCGCUCCGAUCGCGGCUGGAGGAACUGGAGCCCCGCCACCAGGACCCGCGAACAGCAGCUUUGCCUUCCCCCUACCCCCGUCGUCGUAUUGUCGUCCCUCCCCCAUCGCAAUCCCAGGUGCCCCUUGGUUCCCGUAGUACCGCCUCGCCGCACAAGAAAGAGCGGGAGGUGGCGGCUACUCCGACGAACGAGAAGGGGCGGGAGAGGGCAGCGACUCCGGAGUUUUCGAUGACAUUGGGUCUUCCGGUCGGUGCGGAAGACGGAGCAUCGUGUGCGGCCGCAACCACGGUUUACGAGUCCCAUAUUGGCGAUACAGCGCCUCUUCACGCCCUGGACAUGUUUCUGAAGGGAACAAGGACUACAGUUGGUCGGCGGCUCCUGCGUCUAAGAGCUGGACGAACCGUUGGGGUGACCAAGAUUCGACGGCCAAGAGCGGGACGGACGACCACCGCCGCUCCACCCAGUCUUCGCGAGGGCUCGGCGUCGGAGAUAACGGGCGAGGGCAAGCCCUGGGGAACCAGCCUACCAGGUCUUCGCCGGCGAGCCGCCACCGUCGGAGCAGGAGUCGGAGCGCAGAACGUCAACAGCGCACCAAUCCUUCGUCUAGGCGUAGGCGCAGCCGGAGCGGAGACCAUCGUGGGAGAAACACGCCUUCGUCUAGGCGUAGCCGCAGCCGGAGCCAGAACCGGAGCGACGGCAACAGCAGGGCGUCCAGCACUGACAGCAGUCGCGGCGGAAAAGGGGGACGGAGGUCAGGCCACGGUAACAGGCAAGUGAUGCAUGAUCGGGGUGGUUUUCGUAGCUCUGGGUUGUUGGGGGAAAACAAGGAUGCUUCAGAAGACGCUUCUCUCUGUUCUUCGCCGCUUGUUCUACGCCCUCCCGCUGAUGUAGGCCAACCGACCAUGUCUUCUUUGGCGUUCAAACUUGCCAACAUGCAACUUCGUGAACAUUCAGCCGCUGUGAAAAGCCAUGCCCCUGCCCAUGCCGUUAUGGAUCAUCCCACAUCCUACUUGACUUUGGACGAACGUGUUGAGUCACCACGCCAUGCUGCAUCACACGCCUCGACUUCGGCUUCCCGUUCUAAAAUGCUGUUGGAACAAGUACUCACUCUCCUGCGAGAAAAUCAAGUAGUGGAUGCUGCUGCCGACGCGAAUGUACAACCUCCUGUGCCCCCCCACGCUCCUGGCGUGCCACCACCUGCCCCAUCUUUUUCUCCACGAACGCAUCUGACACCGCUGCAAGACCACGCUUCGAGCUUUUCGGGAGCUCCUGUAGGGCGCGAUGUUCGUGCCGAAACCGCUGCCAGGGCCACGUCAGGAUCAUCGUCAUUAGCCACGAUGUCGGCGACAGUACCGGUCAGACCUGCGGUGGCACCGUCAGCGUCGGCAGCCCCAGCCCUGUUGCAACAGCCUUUGGUGGUAUCGCCCCCCCCCCUCCAGCGUGCGUCUGUUCCGAUUGAUCCUAGCUCUGCAACCGGCCACAUGGUCGCGCCACCGGGUCAAACGACAUUGCCGUUGCCACAGGAUGAUGCUGGUUUGCCUUUGUCUUCCACAGGAGCGAGAGCGCGGCAGGAAGCUCUGGACGCUGCGGACGCCGCUGCAGCGGAGGCCGACACCAUCCGCAUUCAAGACAAGAUGGACAAGCUGAAGCCGGAACAACUUGUUAGUGUCACACGCUUGCCCCUCGGUCCUGAUCCUGAUGAAUUUGCUCGCUUCGCGUCUAGCUGCACGGGUGCGGUCACAGAGAUCCUCAA